UGUUGGAGAUUUGCUUCUGAACGUGGAUCUCGCGCGGUUUCAACGCGUACCUCCACCACACCAGGUCCCUUACUUGACACCUACAGCUCACUUCAUCAUGCAGGACCCAGCUAAGGAGGUUUCUCACGUCAUCGAGCUCCUGUCGACAUCGCGAUCCCCGUACAUCACCCGCCAGACUGUCGAGAAGUUCUACACUGAGGACGCAUCCUUUCGCCACCCGUUUGUCGCUGUGGAGAGCAGCGCAACCUCGAGAGAAAGGCUUAUAGGUAUAUUUGACUGGUAUUGCACUAUCGCAGAAACUUCGUCGUCAAAGUUCCAUUCUUGCACCUUCGACGAACACAACCAACUCGUCUAUGUAGACGUGUCCCAGACUGUCUCAAUACACUACAGCCCGUUUAGCCCCACUUCGUGUCGGACCGUGAUCCGUAUGAACCUACAGAAGCGAGACGGAAAGUUCCGCAUCAAAGAUCAAGAAGACUUCUUCCACCCAUCAGACGCACUGGCGUCGAUCGUUCCGCCUCUCGCACCUCUGGUACACAUCCUACUGGCAAUUUCGGCGAUAAUCAUGGGAUACUGCGCUAUUCUCUCCGCAUGGCUACGAGGCACCAUUAGAGUCAUUGUUGGAAUGGCUUCGAAUGCUCCGCGAGGGCGCUCUGAGACGCCUACACACCCAAACGGAGGCGGGCGCAAGAGUAGACAUGCGUCCGAAACGGAAUCCUCGUAUUGGAAUGGCAAGAUAGAUGAGAGUGGCAGUGGGCGCAGGAGCCGCAAGGGCUCUCGAACAGCGUCUGGAGAUAGUAGCGGUGAAGCUAACGAGAGGGAAAUGAAGUUGCCCCGGCAGUGCUAAGUCGGGUCCUCGAGCUGAAUUUACGAUAAUCGUUUUGCACUCGAAAUUUGUUAGACCGCUCGCGAUGUAUUUGACUUGUACAUAUCUUUAUUGUCCAUAUACGCUUAACACGUUAUUUCGACACUGCCCCACUGCAGAAUUUAUGGUAGACACACGCGUAGUUUUUAGUCCUUGCUAGAAACGUAGUCCAAUAAACAUAUCUACUUUAGGUGCGCCGUAAUGUCAGGCUGAGGAGAAUCAUGACCUUCAGCGUUCC